UGUUCUGCACACCUGUUCCACCUGUAUUAUAGCGCUGCGCUGUAGGCCAUCGGUGCGACUCCAGCUCUGCCGGUGCACCUGUUGCGUUAUUGUGCCAUGACCGAGGAGCUCAUAACGUGCGAACUAACAUGCCCGUCUUCACCGACUGGCCCGGGGAAGACUUUAAAUGGUGUUAAAACUAAGGAGAUGGAUUUUGAGCAGCCUAUUUUCUCCGUGUUGAGCGGCGGUGUGAAGCCGCAGCAGCAGCAGCAGCCGGCGGGGGACACGGCGCUGUCGACCUCCCCGGCUGGGACCACCGCCGACACCGAGUCCGGGAUCUUCUCUGGUGAAUGUGAGUUCUGUGUGGAGCACGAGUCUGAGCUGGACUGGUUCUGUGGCACCGAGCAGAGACUUAUCUGCUCUCACUGCGCCAUCGUGGGCUCCUGCCACGGACACACUGUGACCCCUCUGGCCACCAGAGUAACCACAGUCAGGAAUCAACUGGUGGAUGUGUGUGAGAAAAUGCAGCUUAAGGCACUGAGGAUUGAAAGGUUUAUUGACCAGACGCUGGCAGCCAAAGAACAAAAGCUUCAGGUAGCGGCGAGCAGGGCAAGGGAGCAGGUGCUGGCUCAGGUCAGUGCAGCACGUGAAGCCCUGGAGGAGGAGGAGCAGCGUCUCCUGGAGGGGGUGCAGAGAGAGGAGGAGCGAGUGGAGCAGUGUCUCCUCACCCAGAGAGCCCACUGGAGCCAGGCUUUGGCGAGUCUGUCGCAAACACGCUCCGGCCUGGUGCACACGCUGACACACACUCCAGACACACAGCUGGUGACUAGUGUCCAGGAGAUAGCUGACAGGGUGGAGGAGGCAGAGGGGGUCGGGGAGCCCUGUGACACAGACCAGCUCAACCUGAACCCAGGCUGCAGUGACAGCAAGCUGCUGAAAGGUCUGUGGGCCACUGCAGUGCUGCUGGGGCCAAACGCUUAUGGAUCAUCUUCUUUAAAGUUUGAUGAGCGCACAGUGAGCCCUCUCCUGUCUUUGUCUGACGACUUCUACACUUUGUCCUUUCUUCACAAAAAAGUUCGCCAAUCCCCGCCCUACGACCCAGCACGCUUCGACUGUUGGCCCAAUGCGCUGGGUUCACUGUCCAUGUCCUCUGGCACCCACAGCUGGGUGGUGGAUGUGGGCCAGAGUGGUGCCUUUAAGGUCGGGGUCUGCUACACGUCUCUGGAGCGCAAAGGCUCUGGGAACGAGGCCCGGCUGGGCUACAACAGUCAGUCUUGGGUGCUGUCUCACUACGACGGGGACUACUCCUUCUGCUACGCAGGGAAGCAGGUGCCCCUGCAGGUGGUGAGGAGACCCCAGAGGAUCGGCCUGCUGCUGGAUUGGCCGACUCAUACGCUGAUGUUUUACGAGCCUAACUCCAGCGCAGUGCUAUACUCUGUCACACAUCCCUUCAGUGCCCCGCUGCUGCCGGCGUUUGCCGUGACUGACCGCAGUAUCACUAUACUGCACUGACACACCACACACUCUGCCAAACACCUUAAACAUGUGAAGAAAUGCCAUUCCUUAAUGUAAAUAUGAUCAGCAGCUAAUGAUUCUCCAUCUGACUGUGCAGUUAGCAAAGGUUUCAAUUUCUAUUUAUUUGAUCAGAUAUUCUUUUUAGUGGCUGCUGAUUC